AUGGGAAAGCGCAAGAAGUCCAGCAGGCAGCCCCAGGGGCCCCGAAAGCGGGAGCCCCUUGCGACUACUUUCUCUUGUCUCUUCUGCAACCACGAGAACUCGGUGGUAGUUAAGCUGGAUAAAAAGUUGGGUCUUGGAGACCUCUCCUGUAAAGUCUGCGGCCAAAAGUUCCAGACGGGUAUUAACUACCUCUCCGCUGGAGUGGACGUUUACUCGGACUGGGUGGAUGCGUGCGACGCCGUGGCCAAGGAUACAGCCAACCAGUACGACGGGAGCGCGAGUGCCCAGGCCGGGAACAGCAAGCCCCAUGCAUCGGCAGAUAUCGGACAUGGUGAAAACUACGAGGAGGACGAUUAUUGA